AUGGUCGCGGCCGCUGCCGCUCUCCCCGCGGCGCGGCGAUGGGGCGCACCGUUGGCUCGUGGCCCGUCCACCCUGAACGAGGCUCCUGUCCGCCCUCGGCCGGCCGAUCCGAUCGGCGGGGAGCCGCCUCUGCGGCCGACUCGCCGGCCCGACCCGCCGCUCCGGAGCGGCGGUGCGCGCCAGCACAAGUUCGCCCCGCGAGCGAGGCGGGGCGAUCCGCGCGUCGAUCUCAACUUCGCCCUCGACCUCGACGGCUUCCAAGAGCGCACUCUGAAGCUUGCCUACACUCUCUACGAGAGCUCGCGAAAGCGUCUGGAGAUUUGCGCUCGACGACGGGCUACCGGCGUCGACCACAAGAACUUGCCGCUGCGGCCAGUCAAGGCACGACCGUGCGGCCCCACCGCCUGCAACUGCACGAUCGACUACCGCCACUUGACGGCGCCCAACAUGAUGGGAAUCGAUGCGAGCAUUGUGCGCGCCACGCCCCAGCCCGCCUGGACUAUCCCAC